CAUAGUGGGUGCGUGGGGCUCCAGGAUCUGCAGGACCUGCGGGUGCCAAGAUCCCGCUGCCUAUUUACCUCCAGGGGCAGAAGGGGAGUCUCUGGAUUUCCUCAUCAAUUGGGAUUAUUGACCUGGUCUUCUGCUUACCGCUUGUUAUCUCAAGACAUUUUUCCGCCUGGUAACAACAGGAGAUCGUUGUAGUUGCUGUGAAUUAUUUACCCUCUUCCAAUAUACUAUUAUACUCUUCUGCCUUUGUUUACUUGAACCCCUGGCUGCAGCUCAGGAUCCCGACUGGGUGCAGAUUCCUGAAGGACAGUGACAAUCUUGACCUCAUGUAGUUAUUUUUGCCCCUGCCCUCACCAAGAUAGUGAUCUGGCACCUUCGGUCCCUUCUAUUUUUGAGCCCAGACAGCAGAUAUUAAGAUUCAAGGUCACAGAAGUUGGGAGCUCCCCUAUAAAGGCAGAUUUAAGUAAAUGCAUCCUCUUCCAAAGCCUCAGUGUUGAUUUGUUGUUGAUGUUUGUUUUGUUUUGGUUUGGUUUUACAAUGCUGGGAUCAAACCCAGGGCUAUAUUCCCCCAACCUCACCUUUCUUAACUGUUGUCCUCAAAAGCAUUAAAUUUGUGGCCAGGUACUUCUGUCAGUUUCUAACAGAAGUGGUGAAAACCUUGGCCAAUACCAGCUGGCCACUCCCUCAGCGUGUUUGUUUCUAGGCUUUCCUAUUAUCAUUUAAUUGGAAAUCACAGGGAAAUGUGUUCAGGGGCUUACAUCAUCUGUUCCUCGUGUUCAAAGACCACCAGAAGACAGCAGGUGGAAGGUAUUGAGCUUUUGCCACUUACUGGCAACCACGUUGAUCUCCUAUUGUUAACGAGAGAGAAAAAAUGUCUUCAGAUAACCAGUGGUCAGCAGAGGAGGAGGAAGGCCAAUUAUCCCGACUGAUCAGGAAAUCAAGAGACUCUCCCUUUUUCCCUGUAGGUAUAGCAGGCUUUGUGGCUGUGGUAUCCUAUGGUCUUUACAAGUUAAAGUACAGAAGAGAUCAGAAAAUGUCCAUUCAUCUUAUUCACAUGCGAGUUGCUGCACAAGGAUUUGUUGUAGGAGCUGUGACUAUAGGUGUUCUCUAUUCUAUGUAUAAGGAUUACAUUAAACCACGAUUCUUCAAUGCAUCCAAAAAAUGAAGCUAUCUGAUGGAAGCAAGAAAGACAAGAGGCUUUGGAAAACUUUUAUUAUGAAGAAUGAAUUUUCUUUGAAAAACUAUUAUGAAAAAUGAAACUGCAGAAACAUCAGAAAGAAUUCUCAUAACCUUUGUAUAUUAUUUCCAAAGCUUUAAUAAGUUGAUUUCCAGAUCAAGAGUCAUAGUCACUUUAUUGAUAUAUAUAUAUGCUAGACAAGUGCUCUAUCACUGAA